AUGACCAAAACUUCACAUCAUUUACUUGAUACACUUGACAUAGUACUUCUAGGUACCAUUGGUCUUGGUACUAUUGCUUGGUUUGCUAGACAUCAGAUUGCAAAUAGACUCUUUCAAUCCAAUAAGUCAUCUGAACCCAACACAUCGACUAGUGAUGAAGCCAAGUCACCCAAAAAGGAACGCAAUUUUGUCAAAGUCAUGCAAGAACAGGGCCGUAGAGUCAUCUUUUUUUAUGGUUCUCAAACAGGCACAGCAGAAGACUAUGCUUCUCGCUUAGCCAAAGAAUGCAGCCAAAAAUAUGGUGUCAGUGCCAUGACAGCUGAUAUUGAACAAUAUGACCUCAGUUACCUUGAUACAGUCCCUGAAGACUGUCUUGUGUUUUUUGUUGUGGCUACUUAUGGUGAAGGUGAACCCACAGACAAUGCUGUUGAAUUCUGGGACUUGAUUACAGACGAAGAACCUCAAUUCUCAACAUCAGAUCGAUUGGAGAACUUACGUUACAUUACUUUUGGUUUAGGUAACAAGACAUAUGAACACUACAAUGAAGUGGUUCGCAAGAUUGAUCAUCGUUUACUUGCCUUGGGUGCCAAGCGUAUUGGUGAGCGUGGUGAAGGUGAUGACGAUGGUUCUUUGGAAGAGGAUUUCUUGGCAUGGCAAGAGGAAAUGUGGCCUGCUUUUUGUGAAGCAUUGGGUGUAGAUGAGGCCAAUGCUCAAUUGGGUCCCCGCCAAGCCAUAUUUAGUGUAGAAGAGUUGACCGAAUUCGAUAAAGCCAAGGUUUAUUUUGGUGAAUUGAGUGAAUGGCUUAAGGAAGGAGCUCGUGUUGUGUAUGAUGCUAAACGUCCUUACAAUGCUCCUAUUACCUCAAGAGAUUUGUUCAAGAACAGCGACCGUCACUGUCUUCAUAUGGAAAUCGAUAUCUCGGAUACCAACUUGAGUUAUCAAACAGGUGACCAUGUAGCCAUCUGGCCUACCAACAGUGAAGUUGAAGUUGAACGAUUAGCUCAAGUGCUUGGCUUGAUGGACAAACUCGAUACUGUCAUUCGUGUACAAGCCAUCGAUGCUACUGCCUCCAAGCAACAUCCAUUCCCUGUCCCUACCACCUACCGUGCCGUGUUCCGCCAUUACCUUGACAUUUGUGCUGUUGUUCCUCGUCAGACCCUGAUGUCCUUGAUUGAAUAUGCACCUACUGAGAAAUCCAAAGAAGUGCUGCGUAAAUUAGCCACAGAUAAAGAAGAAUACCGCCUGCGCGUAGGCGAUAUGACCCGCAAUUUGGGUGAAGUGUUGGAAAUGUUGGCUGAGUCUGAAAGUAUGGAUCCCAAGAACAGUUUUGCCAAUGUCCCUUUUGAUUUGAUUGUCGAAGCUGUUUCUCGUCUUCAACCUCGUUAUUAUUCCAUCUCUUCAUCAUCUAAAGAAGAUCCUAAAAAGAUCACUGUGACUGCAGUCACUUUACAGUACACACCAGAUCUUUCUUCUCCUCGUACUGUCUAUGGUGUCAACACAACCUAUCUCUGGCGAUUACAUGAAGCCAUCAAUGGCCUUGAACCUGAUACUGUGUCUCCUCGAUACUACCUUGGGGGUCCUCGUGAUGGUCUGUUUGAUGUCCAAGCCAAGCAAGCCCGAGUGCCUGUCCAUGUGCGUCGUUCUCAAUUCAAAUUACCCCGUAAUCCUACUGUGCCUAUUAUUAUGGUGGGUCCUGGUACAGGUGUUGCUCCCUUCCGUGGAUUUGUUCGUGAACGUGCACUUCAAAAGAAAGAAGGCAAGCCUGUAGGCACCACUGUCUUGUUCUUUGGUUGUCGUCAUUCUGAACAAGACUUUUUGUAUGCUGAUGAAUGGCCUGAACUAUUCGAGACAUUGGGUGGUGAUUCUCGCCUGAUUACUGCAUUUUCACGUGAGACAGAUAAAAAAGUCUACGUUCAACAUCGUCUUUUAGAACAUGGUCAAGCCAUGUGGGAUCUGUUAGAGAAAGGCGCUUAUGUCUAUGUCUGUGGUGAUGCUAAAGUGAUGGCUCGCGAUGUCAAUCAAACCUUUGUUCAAUUCGCUAAAGACUUGGGAGGCUUAAAUGAAGCAGAAGCACAAGAUUAUGUCAAGAACUUAAGAAACACGGGUCGCUAUCAAGAAGAUGUUUGGGCAUAA